AUGUCUCACUUGGACAAUCCUUCUACCUCGAGCUGUCGCUUCUCCACGCGCAUCUCUUUGAGAUGGCUACCAGAACCCGCCCAAGAAACAACAGACACGGUCGUCAUGUCUGUAAAGGACUGGUACCUGGAUCUCCGAAUGGACAAACAAACCGGUGGCAUUGACUGGGCUAUCGCGGGCCAACGCCUGAUCGAAAGCCAGGAGCCUCUCCGAGUAUCUUUCACACACGAACUGGACUCCCAUGAUGCUUUUGAGAGCGCCGACUGUGGUACAUUUGUGUCUCUCCCAAAUGGUGACGAUUUGGAAACGGGGUCUAUGCCCCGGCCUGAUAUACCUGGAGCGCCAAUGACAGAUUACGAGGAAGCCUGGCGCGAACUGCCUUUCCGGGCAGGUCCCGAGGGGGAGAAGAAAGGAUUGUCUUGGAUCCUGGAGUCGGUUGACGGUGGUGCCUUCCAAGACGGAGAAGAGGUCACGGUAACCAAGAAGUUUUUGGGUCGGAUCUGGGGCACUUAUCUGGCACUUCAGCAGACACAAACUCAUAGGAGAGAGAAGACCGCUACUGGGGACUGGGUGGUGCGCAAGACGGGUGCCGAGGUCAGUGCCAGAAGGGAGGAAUGGAGCUCAGGGUGGAAGGGGAAGUAUGUGGUUGGACCGAGUGGAGAUACUUUGCCUUCAAUGAUUAAAGGUCUUGAGGGAGAGGGUCAAGGGGCUUGGAGAACUGUUGACGGGAAUGUUCAUGUACAGGGAGAACCAUACAUUGUUCGCGCUUUCGAAGAGAUAGAGUAG